AUGAGUGGUGACCAACCCUACUACGAUCACACCGGCUCAUCCGGCGGUGGCUUUAGCCAAUACACCGAUGAGCCUGACACCUAUGGCGGCUACGGUGCUGAAAGUAAUGCCUCUACCGGAGGCUAUCCUGGACAGAGCUGUAGCGAAGGCUACGGUGAAAGCCCCUUUGGCGAAGACGAAGACGACGAAGACGACGAAGACGACGAAGACGACUUUCUCGACCCGGAGGAGGAGGAGCGCAUGAUGAAGGAACAGUCGGACCGGGGCUUGCGCGAAUAUACCAAGAGACUGAUAGAGAUCCAGGAAGAGUACGAGAGGCUUACGCAAUCCAGUUCGGGGGGAAGUCGAGGGAGCGGCGGUAGCGACCAACGUAGUAGCUCGUCCAGCAAGAAGAAGAGGGCAGAGAAACCGAAACGCAAGCCGGCAAAGAAGCCGUCGUCGAGCAAGUCUGAGCAAGCUUCAGAGCUUACUGAUAUUGACGAGGAAGAGGAAUGA